AUAAUAUACCUUGUCAUUUCAACAGAUCAAAUAUGUUAGUUUUUUUACAAAAUGUGUACUUACUGCACUUUGCUUAUAGGCCUAUACGCAGAGGAGCUGUCCUUUUCAGCACCACUGUCGCCUUGUGCACACCUACCCAGUUACACAAUACUGUAGUCAUGUUAUAAGUAGCCUAAUGCUCGUCUCCAUUUUAUCACAGGAAUGAUAAUCAGGAUGUUUAAAUUAAGACUCCUCAACGCUGUCGCCCCAGCAUACUUUUUCUCAGCCACAGCGGUAACCUUCAUUUUUCACUUCUGCUUUUUCAUCCCAACGAUUUUUCAAAGCCCGGGCAUCUCACUGAGAGCAUCAACUGUGAUUCACACCGCUGUUUUCCUAUACCUGAUGCUGAACGCUUUAGGUAACUAUAUCAUGACUAUAAAGUACCCCGCUGAGAGCGCAAAUGAGACCGUGAUUCCUGCAUGUUCUGCAGAUUGCUCAGAUAAAAUAGACGCCCACUACCUCCUCAACGGUCGCCACUUCUGCAAACUCUGUAAGAAAGUCAUACUCAGGAGGGACCACCACUGUUUUUUUACUGGAAACUGCAUUGGCAACAAAAACAUGCGAUACUUCAUCAUGUUCUGCAUAUACACGUCAUGCACUUGUUUGUACUCCUUGGUUCUUGGUGUGGCCUUUCUAACUGUGGAAUACAACAUCUCCUUUGAGAACCCAUUGACUUUCCUCACCCUUCUGCCCCUCUCUACUGGUUACUUCUUCCUCGGAGUUAUUUCAGGUCUGCAGUUCUUCCUGGUGUUGAUGCUAUAUGUGUGGCUGGGCAUCGGCUUGGUGUGUGCAGGGUUCUGCUGUCAGCAGGUGCUGCUGGUAGCGCGGGGGCAGACCUACUGCCAGAUGAAGCGAGGCCAGCUGGUGGAGAGCUGCAGCUCUUGGAAGGACAACCUGAGUGAUGUGUUUGGCUCCCACUGGGCGGUGGGGCUUUUCCUGCCAGUACAGACAGUGGAGGCCUUUUCAGGAGAGGUCGCUGCCCACCACCAUAAACAUGACUGAGGUUCACCAGGAUAGAGAGAACCUGGGCAUCAUUCACAUGAACUACCCCCAGUGGUUCACAUAAAGAAGAUAUCAAUUGCAUACUCCCCGAGUCCUAUCUCUUCGUCUCCGUCUCAAAACCCAUUGGAUGAGAAAGCCAGAGGUCCCACCCCUCUGACCUUCUCCUCCAAUGGGUUAUGAGAAGGAGACGAAGAGAGAGGACGUGAGGAGUAUGCAAUUGAGAUCUUCCCAUUGACUCAUCAUCAUGCUUCCUUGUUGGGCUUGUCAGGAGGAUAGUUUAAAAUGUGCAUCAAAUGAGGGAAGCCCAGAACAAACAUAAUGUGUCCAUGAUAGAUAGAUAUGCACACACAUACCUGUUCUGACCUCUUCAUCUUAACUCGUAUACAAGAAAACUGUGCUCAGCAUAUAUACACAUAUACAUAUAUAUAUACACACACAUAUAUAUAUAUAAAUAACUUACUGAUAAUGGCUUUUAAUGACAUUGGUCUACUAUUCACGGAAUGUAUACAUGAAUACAUUCCUUGAAGGACAGGAACAAUAGCAAUCUGAGAAGUGUAUGGAAUGCAGGUGUAAAAAGCAAUCAAAGAAGAUGUAUAAGUAUGUACACUGCAUUUGGAAAUUAUUCAGAACCCUUGACUUUUUCCACAUUUUGUUACUUUACAGCCUUAUUCAAAAAGUGAUUAAAUAGCUUUUUCCCCCCUCAUCAAUCUACACACAAUACCUCAUAAUGACAAAGCAAAAACAGAUAUUUUUUGUGUGCAAAUUAUUAAAAAUAAAAAUUGGAAAUAUCACAUUUACAUAAGUAUUCAGACCCUUUACUCAAUACUUUGUUGAAGCACAGUUGUCAGCGAUUACAGCUACAAGUUUGGCACACCCGUAUUUGGGGAGUUUCUCCCAUUCUUCUCUGCAGAUCCUCUCAAGCUCUGUCAGAUUGGAUGGGGAGCGUCGCUGCACAGCUAUUUUCAGGUCUCUCCAGAGAUAUUCGAUAAGGUUCAAGUUUGGGCUCUGGCUGGGCCACUCAAGGACAUUCAGAGUCCCAAAGCCUGUCUUGGCUGUGUGCUUAGGGUCGUUGUACUGAUGGAAGGUGAACCUUCUCCCUAGUCUGAGGUCCUGAGCGCUGUUGAGCAGGUUUUCAUCAAGGAUCUCUCUGUACUUUGCCUCAAACCUGACUGGUCUCCCAGUCAUUGCCGCUGAAAAACAUCCCCACAGCAUGAUGCUGCCACCACCAUGCUCCACCAUAGGGAUGGUAUUGGCCAGGUGAUGAGCGGUGCUUAGUUUCCUCCAGAUAUGAAGUUUGGCAUUCAGGCCAAAGAGUUCAAUCUUGUUUCUCAUGGUCUAAGAGUCCUUUAGGUGUCUUUUGGCAAACUCCAAGCGGGCUGUCAUGUGCCUUUUAUUGAGGAGUGGCUGCUGUCUCGCCACUCUACCAAAAAGGCCUGAUUGGUGGAGUGCUGCAGAGAUGGUUGUCCUUCUGAAAGGUUCUCCCAUCUCCACAGAGAAACUCUGGAGCUCUGUCAGAGUGACCAUCAGGUUCUUGGUCACCUAACUGACCAAGGCUCUUAUCCCGAUUGCUCAGUUUGGCCUGGCGGCCAGCUCUAGAAAGAGUCUUGGUGGUUCCAAACUUCUUCCGCGUAAGACUUGAUGGAGGCCACUGUGUUCUUGGGAACCUUCAAUGCUGUAGGAAUGUUUUGGUACCCUUCACCAGAUCUGUGCCUCGACACAAUCCUGUCUCGGAGCUCUAAGGACAAUUCCUUGGACCUCAUUGCUUGGUUUUUGCUCUGACAUGCACUGUCAACUAUGGGAUCUUAUAUAGACAGGUGUGUGCCUUUCCAAAUGAUGUCCAAUCAAUUGAAUUUACCACAGGUGGACUCCAAUCAAGUUGUAGAAACAUCUCAAGAUGAUCAAUGGAAACAGGAUGUACCUGAGCUCAAUUUCGAGUCUCAUAGCAAAGAGUCUGAAUACUUAUGCAAAUAAGAUCUGCUUUUUUAUUUUUAGUACGUUUGCUAAAUUUUCUAAUAACCUGUUUUCGCUUUGUCAUCAUGGGAUCGUGUCUGUAGAUUGAGGAAAAUAAUUGUUUUAAUCCAUUUUAGAAUAAGGCUGUAACAUAACAAAAUGUGGAAAAAGUGAAGGUGUCUGAAUACUUUCCGAAUGCACUGUGUGUAGUUAUUUUGGACUACAUGAUAUCAAUUAUAAUUCAUGUAGUGGUUACACUUAAAUAACUGUAAGUGCAUGCUUACCUUUCCUGUGCGGAUUUUGUGGCAAUAUGUUGCUAGAUAGCAUUUAACACAAAAUGCUGUGAUAGAACAUUUAAAAUAAGGAUUUAGAGUCUUUAGCUGGUAUGCACAGGUAUGAUACUCCAAACAUUUAGACAUUCAGGAAAACACAGUAGCAUAAAUGACUGUAUUGGGGCAGAUGUUGGGACCUACACAUAAUGGGGGGAAGAUGAUGUUAUUGUCAUCAACAAAGUGAUUUUCUUUGGUAGAUUUCCCAGUUUUAACUUUCACCAAGGGCUACUGUCGCUAACAAUAUGUAACUCCACUGGAGGGAAAACUCACUAAAAUGGCUGUAUAGCACAAUUUGCCAGGCUUACAAUGGUAUCAGGAGUAUGGAACAUUCUAUUGCAUAACAACAUUUGAACUAGAACACUAAUUUAAAUACUUUUUGUUGUUGAUAAGUUUUCUCUGAAAAUAGGGGAAAUGUGUUAGCAGUUUGUAGAUACACAUUCAGACAGUGCUUUACAAGGAGAAACAGAAAUCUACAGCAGAGGAAAACCAGGGUAAGAAUUGAGGUUGCUGAUCUUUAUUUCCAAACUAUUGUCCAUUGUUGUCGUAUGGCCUGUACCUACAAAUGACCCCAAAGAUGAUGAACCGUAUUUUGGAUUUGUUCAUGGUGGGAUCCUACAAUAAGACUGUACACUUGUUCCAAAUUUGUUGAGCAAGAGAUCGUGCCUUCAGAAAGUAUUCAUACGGGGGGGUAUGCAGGCUGUUGUUUGUUUUCUCACCCAUCUACAUACCCCAUGAUAACAAAGUAAAAACAUGUUUUUAGAAAAUUUGGCAAAUUUAUUGAAAAUGAAAUACAGAAAUAUCUCAUUUCCAUAAGUAUUCACACCCCUGAGUCAAUACAUGUUAUAAUCACCUUUGCCGCGAUUACAGCUGCAAGUCUUUCUGGGUAAGUCUCUUCUGGGUAAGUCUAAGAGCUUUGUAUCCCUAGAUUGUACAAUAUUUGCCCAUUAUUAUUUUCUAAAUUCUGUCAAAUUGUUUGUUGAUCAUGGCUAGAAAAUCAUUUAAGUCUUGCCAUAUAUUUUUGAAGCCAAUUUAAGUAAAAACGAACUAUUGAUUUUAGGUUAUUGUCCUGCUGAAAAGUGAAUGAAUCUCCCAGUGUCUAGUGGAAAGCAGACUAAACCAGGUUCCCUCUAGGAUUUUACCUGUGCUUAGCACCAUUCUGUUUCUUUUUUAUCCUGAAGAACUCCCCAGUCCAUACAAGCAUACACAUAACAUGAUGCAGCCACCACUAUGCUUGAAGAUAUGGAGAGUGGUACUCAGUAAUGUGUUGUAUUGGAUUUGCCCCAAACAUAGGUUUAUAUUCAGGACAAAUUUUUUUUUUUUUGCAGUAUUACUUUAGUGCCUUGUUGUAAACACGAUGCAUGUUCUUUUCACUCUUAGUGUAGUAUUGUGGAGUAACUACAAUGUUGUUGAUCCAGCCUCUGUUUUCUCCACACACACAGCCAUUGUAUAUUUGCCAUUGUAUAUUUGUAAUGACUGGAUGUAUUGAUACACAAUCCAAAGUGUAAUAACUUCACUAUGCUCAAAGAGAUAUUCAAUGUCUGCUUAAAAAAACAAAAAAACAUCUACCAAUAGGUGCCCUUCUUUGCGAGGCAUUUGAAAACCUUCCUGGUCUUUUUGGUUGAAUCGGUUUAAAAUGCACUGCUCGACUGAGGGACUUUACAAAUAAUUGUACGAGUACAGAGAUGAGGUAUGUUAAACACUAUUAUUGCACACAGAGUGAUUCCAUGCAACUUACAGUAUAGUCACUUAAGCAAAUGUUCACUUCUGAACUUAUUUAGGCUUGCCAUAACAAAGGGAUUGAAUACUUGUCUUGAGUCAUUUCAGCUUUUCAUUUUUUAUUAAAAUGGUAAAAUAAAUAUAUAAUUCCACUUUGACAUUAUGUGGUAUUGUGUGUAGGCCUGUGACAAAACAAUCUAAAUUGUAGAAAUGUCAAAUGUAACACAACGAAAUAUGGAAAAAGUCAAGGGGUGUGAAUACUUUCUGAAGGCACUGUAUAACAUUUUACAGCCCAUCUUUAACUGUAAUGAAUAUUCUGGUAUUUAUUCUGGUAUUAGAUUCCAUCUGGAGCAAAUAAAUUAUCUUAUGGAAAAACAAA